AUGGUGAAGGUUACGCGGGUUUCUGGUGCUGACUGGGUUGUGAAUUACAAAUCUUUACACAUCUGUGCACUGAAGAACUCAUCAGUGAUAAUCAGCUGCACUUAUAAAUACCCUAAUGGACAUCAGAUCAUGAAAGUGUACUGGACCAAAAACCCUGUAAAGGAUGUAGAGCCUCCAGAUCUGUCUGAGGACCCUGAAUACAGUCAGAGGCUUCAGUAUCUGGGAGAUAAAAAGCAGAACUGCACCAUCAGACUGAGUCAUGUGACAAAGAAAGUUGAACAUGAGUACUGUUUUAGAUUUACUACUGAUAAAGAUGGGAAAUGGCUUGGCUCUCCAGGAGUGAUUCUCUCUGUCACAGAUCUUCAGCUGGAGUCUCCUGAGAGAGUGACAGAGGGAGAUUCAGUCCGUCUGACAUGUAAAAGCAGCUGUAAACUGACUGACACACCAACAUUCAUCUGGUACAGAAACUCACACACAUUGACUAAUAUUGGAGAUGAACUCAACAUCAGCUCAGUCAGAAGAGAAGACGCAGGCAGAUAUAGAUGUGCUGUACAUGGACACACACUCACAUCACCUGACGUCUAUCUCAAUGUCACCUAUCCUCCAAAGAGCGUCUCAGUGUCCAUCAGUGGGUCUGCUGUAAUAAUGUCUGGAGAUUCAGUGGCUCUGAGCUGCAGCAGUGACUCAAACCCUCCUGCAGAAAUCAACUGGUUUAAAGGAGAAACAUCAGUAAGAUCUGGAAGAAUCUUCAGCAUCUCCAAGAUCAGCUCUGAUGACAGUGGAGAAUACAAGUGUAGAGCCAGAAAUGACCAUGGAGUGAAAUACUCUGAUCCUGUGACUUUAGAUGUUCAGUACCCACCCAAGAGCAUCUCAGUGUCCGUCACUGAUUCUGGUCAGCUUUUUUCUGAUUCAGUGAGUCUGAUGUGCAUCAGUGACUCAAACUCUCCUGCUCUGAACUUCAGCUGGUUUAAGGAGAAUCAAAGCUCAGCUGUUGGAUCUGGACAGAGUUUCAGUGCAGUACAGAGUGGACGCUUCUACUGUGAGGCUCACAAUCCACAUGGAGCUCAGAGAUCAGACGCCAUCACUGUCACUGUUCAUCAGCAUGCUGAGAGAAACAUCAUCAUCAUCACAGCGACAUCUGGAGGAUUAUUCAUCUUCAUCAUCAUCCUGUGUUUAAUAAAGAAACAAAGGAGUGGUGAAUCUGAAGGUCUCUCAGUGACGCAGAAUGAUCUGUAUUCUGCUCCUGGAUCAGCGGGUGAUGCUCUGUAUGCCAGUGUAAAUCCCAAAAGAGGAAGAGCUGCUGAAUGCAGAGAUGCUGAGGAGAUCCAGUACUCCACUGUCCGAUAUCACAGAGACACACAGAUGAAGAGAGAGGAAGAAGAGGAGCAGCGUCAGUGUGACGACACACCAGUUCAGCAGCCUGAUCAAGACCACAGGCGAUCAAAUGCUGAAAGAGUGGAAGACUCAGUGAUCUACAGCAGCGUCAGAUGA